AUGGCGGACAGGGACUUGGAUGAAUGGAGGAACCUCAUCUUCCCCAUCAUCACUUCACGCGUUUACUCACCAUGGGCUCUCCGCCACCUGCCCCGCCAGCCGGUGCCGAACGAUCUACCUGCAGAGUUGGGUCCCAGCAUCUUCACCUUUCAAGACGCCUUUGAAGACCUCCUCGCUGUUACGUCGGGCAAGGAGCUUCCCGACAUCAGCAGUCGCUACCAGCAGCGGAAACUCCUCCGGGACAUGUUCCCUUCCGGCGAACCGAUGUCGUUCUGGCUGCGUCGGCUCCAAUCCCAGAGCUUGUGGCCCUCCAGUCGUAGCAGCCCGCUUCGGGGGCGGGGUGAUUCGGCAGUGACUACUUUCCACGACAAUGAGCUUCAUGAAAACCCUGCGGGAGUGCCGUGGCCGAGCGCUCGUGACCACGGCGAUGGAACCAGAGUGGCUGCUACUCUUCUCGAGCAGAUAGGCAACGCUUUCAGACAGCAGGGCGCUCUGGAGGAACGUGCGAGGGCCGCUUCUCCGGACUCCACGGACAAGGCACAGCAAGAGAGAGAACCUCACAGCUUUGAGGAGCUGGUUUCCGACGUGGCUUCCAAGUACAAGGAAACUGUCUCAUCCUGGGAGAAAUUUGCCAAGAUGAUUUUGAAAGACGCAAAAGUUGAAUCCAGUGACCAGUUUCAUAUGGAACGACAUGAUGACACGGAAAACGAUGCCUUGACAACGGAGCAAGAAUACAUUGAUCGCUUUGGCUACUCCCACAAGACUGUUACUCGUAGAAUUCUGGAUUCGUAUGGCAACGAGGUAGGCAGUGAAGUACGUGUCACAAUCCGGCCAGCUGCUGAGCGUCUCAACAACGAGAGCAAUGAAAGCGCCGAAGCGAAAAAUCCCCCCGAUACUGAAAAGUCCGGCACAGGAUCAAAAUGGUUUUGGAAGUGA